AUGUCAAGGGAUAUAAAAAAGUACGUUUUUAGCUGUCAGUCAUGUCAACGAAAUAAAGCUAUGAAUCAACAAUCAUUUGGUCAACUGCAAUCAUUAGCUAUAUCAAAAGAGAGAUGGGAACGAGUGGCGAUGGACUUUAUUGUUGGCUUACCCACGACAACAGCUGGUUAUGAUUCAAUUAUUGUUUUUAUUGAUCGGCUCACAAAACGAGCUUAUUUUAAACCAGCUAAAUUUCAGAUAACUGCAGUUGACACAGCGACAAUUUUCUUCGAAACAAUAUUUCGUCAUCGUGGUUUACCUAGAAUUAUUAUAAGUGAUCGUGAUCCUAAAUUCACAAGUUUAUUAACAUAUCCAAUAACACCACAACAAGAUACAUCACAAACAGCAACUGAUUUUUUAAACGAUAUGCAACAAAAUCUUGAAGCUGCACAAAAUUCAAUAUCAAAUACUCUACUUAAACAAGCUAAAUAUUAUAAUAAGAAACGUCAAGCAAAACAAUUUCAAGUUGGUGAUUGCGUUUUGCUAAAUACAAAAUAUUUAACGUUUAAAUUUGAUGAACAAAAACUACCACGAAAACUAAGACCAAAAUAUUUAGGUCCGUUUAAAAUUGUAAAUAAGUUAUUACCGUUGGUAUAUGAAUUAGACUUACCACAAAAUCUCAAAAUACAUCCAAUAAUAAACACAUUAUCAUUAAGACCGUUUGUUUCAACACCAGAAGAAUUUCAACAACGAGUAAUAAAAUCCGUCAAUAAUAAUCACAUAAAGAGAUGGGACAUCUCUUGUCUCACAGGGGAGAUAGUUGUAACGCUAGAAACGAGACAAACUCAAACCAUUCUCAAAUAUUCAUAG